AUAAAUGGAAUGAGCAGCGUGACCAUCUGCUUUCUGCAGUGGGACACCAGCAAGAAGUCACAACAUGGAGCUAUCAAUGGUCAGUGUGGGAGCUGUGUUCAUAGUUUUACUGCUGCUGAUGGUACUCAGCUUCAUCUCAGCUCGCAGAGACGAAUCUGUACAGCGGAAUCGCAUGGGAGACGCUCAAUCUGGACGUCUCCCCUGCUCCUCAUCUCCCUUGCUCCCGGGUCCCCCCGGCCACUUUUUCAUCGGCAAUAUGAUGGAACUGGCACACGAUCAUCUGCCGAUUCAAUUCACCAAUUUGGCAAAACGCUACGGGAACAUUUACCGGCUGAAUUUUGGAAACACAACCAUGGUGGUACUUAACAGUAGUGAAUUUAUAAGAGAAGCACUGGUGAAGAAAUGGUCUGACUUUGCGGGGAGACCAAUCUCAUACACGGGUGACACUGUGUCCGGAGGAGGGCGCACCAUCUCUCUUGGGGAUUAUAGUGAGGAGUGGAGGGCCCAUCGACGUCUCGUCCACAGCACGUUACAGCGCUGCUGCCAACAGUCUUUGCAUAAUGUGAUCGAGAGACAGGCCUUGUUUCUGAGAAAGGUUUUGAUGGAUUAUCAAGGAAGUGCUGUGGAUCUCUCUGAGGAUUUCUCAAUGGCUGCCAGUAAUGUCAUCACCACCUUGGCUUUUGGAAAAGAAUAUGACAAGAGUUCCUCAGAGGUGCAUCAGCUGCACGACUGUUUGAAUAAAAUAGUUGCUCUGUGGGGCUCCCCCUGGAUUACUGCUCUGGACUCCUACCCACUGCUCAGGAAACUUCCAAAUCCAGUGUUCUCCCGUCUCCUGAGAGAGGUGGCCAGGAGGGAUGAGAUUAUAAAACAACAUAUCAACAAUUACAAGUCACAAGACAAAAAGAACGAGGGCGCCAUCACAGGUUCCCUCCUCCAGGGCCUUGAGGAACAGUGCAACACAAAACAAGGAGUGCUCCUCACAGACACUCACGUGCACAUGGCCACUGUGGAUCUUCUCAUUGGGGGAACAGAGACCACUGCAGCCUGGCUGAACUGGACUGUUGCCUUCCUCUUGCACAGGCCCGAGGUGCAGACCAUGGUGCAUGAGGAGUUGUGCACAGUACUGGAGGACCGAUAUCCCAAGUACAGUGACAGACAGAGACUCCCCGUCCUGUGCUCUUUAAUCAACGAGGUGCUCAGGCUGAGACCCGUUGCCCCGUUGGCUGUGCCGCACAGAGCCAUCAGAGACAGCAGCAUUGCAGGUUACUUCAUCCCUAAGAACACAGUCAUCAUUCCUAAUCUUUUUGGAGCUCACCAUGAUCCUGCAGUGUGGACUGACCCAUACAGCUUCAGACCAGAGCGCUUUCUGGAAGGAGGAGAGGGAGGAGGAUCCACCACCCGCUCCCUGGUGCCUUUUGGAGGGGGCGCUCGGCUCUGCCUGGGGGAGUCUGUUGCCAAAAUGGAGCUCUUUCUGUUCACGGCCUACUUGUUGAGAGAUUUUCAGUUCGUCCUUCCCGAGGGCCAGGCGUCUCUGCCCGACCUGAGAGGUGUUGCGAGUGUGGUGCUCAAGAUCAAGUCCUACAAAGUUUUAGCACGUCCAAGACCUAUGACUGAUCCCUGAGCUGCAGAGGGUGCAUACGUUUACUUGAUUCUGAAACAUUAGUUGCAUCUCUGUGCAUGUGAAUGAAUUGUUUUCUGUUUCUCUGUAAAUAAAACAAUAAAACAAUACGUUUCCUGUGGCAAAGCAAACUACAGCGUGGUUUCACAUGGACUUCAGUUUUAGUGAACUUUGAACCAUGAUAUUCACUUUACAUUUGUGUUUAUGAAAACCCCAGAAUCAAUUUGAUUUCUGCCAAAGCAAACUCUAUAGUGCAGGUUUAAAUGUUGUAUUUGAUGUGUUCUUUUACUUGUCCUCAUG